AUGAACCAAAUAGACUCCAGAAACAUUGAAAGAUACCAGGAUGGAGAAGUUGAUUCGGACGAGCUAUUCGAUGAACUAGAACAGGAGCUAGAAGAUACGGGGCUCCAGCAGAAGUACAGAGAGCAGAGAAUAGACCAGCUGUCACACGAGAUCCAGAGUUUGAAACAUGCCGAGGUCUCCGGAGUAGUCAGUGUGACCCGUGAGGCGGAUCUUAUUGCCAUCAUGUCACAGAAUUUCAAUUCCAACGUGGUGGUGUUUUUUUACAGGGAGAACUUUCAGACAUGUUUGCAGAUGGACCUCAUACUGGAAAUGUUGGCAGAGAGGCAUUAUACAAGUGUUAAAUACUAUAAAAUUGACGUACUAAGUUGCCCGUUUUUGGUCACCAAGCUGAAGAUCAAGGUGUUGCCGUGUGUGUUGGUUUACCAGAAUGGUGUUGAGAGAGAUAGAUUGGUGGGCUUCGAGAAGUUGGGGAUAUACGAGGAUACAUCUUCUGCAAAAGAUUUGAUCUUGAAGAAUUUUGAAUCCCGUCUUUAUCACUGCGGUGUCAUUAACAGAACGUUGACCAAAUUGAGGGUGGCAGUGAAGAAACCGGACUAUGAUGAUGAUGAUGAUGAUGACGAGCUAGAUAUAUAG